AUGGAGUCAGAAGUCAACAAGAUCGAUGUAGGAUCUGCUACAGCAAUGUCAGAUGACGCAGUUGAAGUUGUUGACAUUUUGAUGUGCAUGACGACAGCAGUUGUAUCCGAUUCUGAGGCUAUUUGGAUUGAGGAAAUACGCCAAAGACGAGAAGUCCCUAUAUCUGAUCAAUCUGAUACAAUUAGCUGUCAAGACACUAUUUCUUACCGCGGAUCACCUACACCAGAGCCUAUCCCACCAAAGACUACUCAACUACCAUCGCCACCUGCAACACUAACGGAAUCAGACGACUCAAAAAGCAGGUCCAGUCAAGAAGCUGCCUCUCAACCACUCGAACACGAUGCUACAAAACGGAAGCGAGAAGCCGAGGAUGCCAACGGCACCGCUACUGCACCUCUCGCCAAGGAGCCUCGCCAAAGAACGAAGAAGAACUCUGCCAAAAAGCAAAAAUCUGCAGCAGCCAAGGUCCCAAUGACUGCGGAAGAGAGAAAGGUAGCUAGAGAAGCCAAAGCUGAGCAAGAGCGCCAAAUUUACCAGCCACAAGCGUUCAAGCCUCGUGUCAGAAGAGAGCUCACUGUUGAAUUGGAUGCAAUCGGUGUUCCACUGCGAGCCGCGGGACUCCCAGCCGAGUUAACCGUUAUCGAGAAAAAGCCCCGUGCUUCCCGAACCAAGCCAAAGCAAGCAUAA